ACGCUCUCACCUUUUUGUCGAUUAAAGGCUGACGUCAAAAUACCCCGUACAAAUAAAAAUACGUUUUAAUAGAAAUAAACAAGAGGCUUACACAGGAAAAGAAAAGCGUCUUCUUGAAUACCGCAACGCUGCUCUCGACGCUGUGCCUUUAAGACGCCAGUCUCUCUCCCCGGGAUGGCGUAUGACGUCACGCUGCAGUCUGCAGGUCCGGCGUGGAAAAGGGAAUCUCCCGCGCUCUCGGCUCGGCUUCUCCAGCGUCAACCGGCACGUGCAGCUUGGAGUGGCUACGCGAGUUGCAGCAUCGACGACAGAAAACUCGCUGAAGAUGGAGUCUGAUGAUUCACAGGAACAGAGACACUCUUCAGACAGCCAGCAGAUGUCUUUGGAUCUACGCAUUCAAGCGUCUCUAGAUGAGACGGAGACUUCAGAUUCUGACAGAAAUCCAACUGAAUUGGCUAAGAAAACUUCACAAGAGGAAGAUGCUGCUGAAGUCAAAGUGAAAAAUGAACAGGAAGAUGAUGAUAGUGAAAUUCAAGAAAUGGAUGGUGGUGGUGAUGAACCAGAAGGUUUACAGUAUAUGGAGUACAGGGACUAUACCCAUUUGGAGAGCCAAGAUGACUCAUGUAGCAGUCCAAGAACCACAAGCAGAAAGCUAACAUGUGAAAUCUGUGGACUGGCCUGUGUCAGCCUAAAUGUCUUGCUGGUGCAUAAGCGCAGCCACACUGGUGAGCGCCCAUUUCACUGCAAUCAAUGUGGAGCUUCUUUUACUCAGAAGGGUAACCUCCUUCGCCACAUCAAGCUGCACUCUGGAGAAAAACCUUUCAAAUGCCAUUUAUGCAGCUAUGCAUGUCGCAGAAGAGAUGCACUUAGUGGUCACCUCCGCACUCACUCAGUGGAAAAGCCAUACAAAUGUAAUUAUUGUGGGCGAAGCUACAAACAGCGUAGCUCUCUGGAGGAACACAAGGAGCGGUGCCAUAUUUAUAUGCAAAACAAGGGCCUGGAAGUGGAGCCUGAAGAAUCGAGGCAAGCCAAAACACAGAUGGGAACAGAAAGAGCACUUGUGCUGGACAGACUGGCAAGCAAUGUAGCCAAACGAAAAAGUUCCAUGCCUCAAAAAUUUAUUGGAGACCAACGCCUUUGCAUGGAUAUCAACUAUAACAACAGUCUGAUAUAUGGUAAAGAGAGUGAGCUUCUUCAGAGAGGACUGAUAGAUCCAUCCAUGAGCUAUCUGGGGCCAGAAGGACUACGUACUCUGAUCCAAACCCCACCAGCUGGACCACCGCCGCCAGAGAUGGUCCCAGUCAUAAGUAGUGUCUUCCCACUGUCUCUUAGUCGUGCUGAAUUGUCCAAUGGGCAUGAGUCUGAGGGAGGAAACCAUCAUCAUCAGCGAGUGAAAAGACAGCUGUCCAACCAAAGGCCAUCUCCUAGCAAUAGUGGACAUGAAUCUCCAGAUGCUGAAGUUGGCCAACAGGAUGAACGCAUACAUGGACACAGCAUGUAUAAUCUAGGUCAUCUCCUUAUUCCACGACUUCGUAAUGGCAUGCAUCACCCUCAUCCCCUUAAAGAUCUACAGUCUCGAUCCUAUGAGUCUAUCAAGCCUCCUGUUUUGUCAUCUGGUGAGGUCUUCAAGGUUAUCAAUGGUGAUGGUGAAGCCAUUGGUGUCUACCGCUGUGAGCAUUGCCGCAUUUUGUUCCUUGAUUACGUAAUGUUCACAAUUCACAUGGGCUGUCAUGGCUUUCGGGACCCUUUUGAAUGCAAUGUCUGUGGUUACCGGAGCCAGGACAGAUAUGAAUUCUCUUCACACAUAGCCAGGGGAGAACACCGCUUCAUGCUGAAAUAACUCUGUUUUGUACACUUAAGUACUUAUUUUUAAACUUAUUUUUAAUGCACAUGUAGCAUUUUUUUAUUUUUAUUUUUACUGGCUUUCAUGAAAAACAAUUUUGGGGAAGUCUGUUCUUGCUAUCUGUGUGUAGUAUUAUUAUUAAGUGACAAUACACAACACAGAUAACAAAUUUUACUUUAGAACUGAAGAGGCAAGGCUGUAUUGUUUUUCACAUUAAAUGCUCAUUUUGUGUGUUUAUAAGUAGUACAUUAAUGAGUGAUUUCCGCUGUUAAUUUUGUCAUGUACAAGUGUACUUUAUUACACUUCACUAAGCUUCUUUAGAUGAUCCUAAGAUGAUGUUUUGACCAGCUUCUGAGUAACUUUACAUACAAAUAAAGUUGCUAUAUGAAAUGUUUAUAGGUAUGUCAUCAUUUAGCUAAACUCGUCUUCAGAUGGUGUAUACCAAAAUGGGCCUCUUUAACAAUUCACCUCAAAAUAAGAGUGUCGCCCAAAAAUAAAUGUAUGAAGUGUCUUCUAGCUGCCCUUAGCUUUAUUUUAUUUUUAUUUAACAACAGACUCUUUCAGGUUAAUGUAUCCUUUGUUUUUAUUUCUUUUUAAAUAUUUUUUCUGUUAUUCAAAGCAUUUCUUUCAAGUGUAGCUUGAAAGUGUAAAAAUGUUGAGGAUUUGCAUUUUUUGCUAGUAAGAUAUUAUGAAAUUCCCUUUAACUUUCAAAGCUCUAUGUUUAAUAUGAAAUCAAAUUCGAAAGUUUAAUCUGUUGAUUUAUAUAAUACACCAUGCACUGUAAUUACUUAUUAUGAGAGGUUAAAAUAUUUUAGCCUAUCUUUAAGUAACAGUCCUUGCUUGCGCUAACUUCUUUUAACUGCUUAAACUUGCGUAGUUUAUAAUUUUAUUACUUCACCGUCGUAUGCUACAGGAUUUCAGUUUUGCUUUGCAGUUUGAUAAUAGAAGCUAGAAAAUUUUGGUUCAUGCUGGCAAGAUAAUUUGUGUAGGUUUACAGAAUAUUUUCAGUUGCUUAAAAUCAUAAAGUGACAUUUUGUAUUAUAGGUACAAGAGUACACCCUCUUAGAAUUUCUUUAAAUUUAGUUAUUCAUGUGUUACCCUAUUUUGUUCUUUUCCACUACAGUUUCAGUGAGCAGUAUUUAUAUUUCUAACGUUUUGGGUUUCACUUCAAUUUAAUUUUCUUCAAUAUUUUUGACUGUUAUUUAUAUUUAAAUUGAUAUUUAGAUUUGUCUUUGAGUGUAUGCAUAGAAACUGCUGUUCCAGAAAAUACUCUUUUUUUAUGUGUUGCUUCAGAUUGUGCUUUUUGCUUUUAAAAUUCACCAAAGUGAAGCAUAAGCAUGCCAUAUCCUUUUAAGAGUGGUUUUCCAUGAUAGGCUAGAAAAGUAAAGUGAAGGGUGGAAUCAAGACACAACAACUAAUGUUUCAAAUUUCUGACCUUUGCAUGCCCAUAAUGUCUGAAGUUGGUACUUUUAUCAGUGAUAGUCACUAGAUCAGAAGAAUGAUGUAUUUGAAGUUUCCAGAAGUUCUUAAGUGUAAAUUAAGAGUUUCUGUGAUGGAGCUGGCUCUCUGAAAUGACUAAACAAGUCAACACUGUCUCUUAUUCCUUUAAAUCUGACAGAUUGAAGAGAAGUAUUUUAGGUGAUUAUUAAAAUUUAAGCAGUGUAGCAGGUAGUACCAAUCCUUUACUGCAGUGUCCCAACAAUUUUUUGUUAUAAUUCCAAUGAAGUAUCUUUUAUGCUGGAACACAAUGCGUUUUCCUUUUUCUUGGGCAGCAGAGUGGUAUAGUUAUGCUACAUGACAGCUCAAGAUUCCUGUGUUUUAAUUCCUGCUUAAGCACUGUCUUUGUGGAGUUUGCACAUUCUCCCCAUUUUACAAUGGAUUUUCAAUGUUUUUUUUAUGCCAUUCACUCACAAGCCAAACAUACAUAUACAGUUCAGAGUGGCUGCCACUUCUAACCUGGCCUUGUUUGAAUAUGUGUGGGUGACUUUUGUUUCAAUGAUUCUCUGUCCAUUAUUGGUUCCCACCUGCUUCCAGUAUGAACUGCACUUUCUGAGACCUUGCAUUGAAAUACUAUUAAGUGGGCUCAGAAGAUGGAAGGAACUCAAAGAUUUUUAUGUCUUUAAUUAUUGUAUUGUUUUAUUGGUGUUUUUAUUUUUAAGUGUGAUCCUUCUCAUGAAAAUCAGUUGAUUUUAUUUAGUCUUUAAUAUUUUGAAACCAAUUGGCACUGAUGGAUUUUCAUACUGAUGUCUGUCUGCUGAUUAAUGGCCAGCAGACCUAAGAACUUGAAAAAAGGAAAUAAUAGUAUACUAUUUCUAAACUCAGGGAAAUUGUUUUGUAUUAUAUUUAUAUUUAAAAGUGGAAAUUAUUGAAGUAUUUUAAUAUGAGAUAUACAUUAUAUAUAAAUAUAAAACUAAAUUAUUUUUUAGCUUCCCUCUAUAGGGUUUUUCAUUCUUUUCUGUGCAUUCAACCUUUUGUACAGUUCUAUUGUAUUGUAAAUCUACUAAAUGACAAAUGUUAUUUAACAUUUUCUGAUGUAGCAAAAUUUGCUUAUAAUUAGCUCUGAGCUGCUUAUGCUUGUAUUUUUAUAUUAAAAGAAAAUAAAAAGCUAUGUAUUAA